ACACACACACAAACACACACACUCUCUCUCUCUCUUUCCGUCUGUCUUUCUUUCUACCUCUCAGUCAGUGAUAAUGGAGCCCAGCAGUCCGAAGAAGAUCCAGUUUGCUGCGCCUCCUCUGCAGGGACAGCUGGACCCACAGGCCGCCGAACAUAUCCGCCGCAGACGACCGACUCCUGCGACUCUGCAGAUCUACAGACAACCUGGCACAGAUGUCGGAGAUCAGAACAACGCCAGCGGAGAGUCACAGGAUUCAGAUUCGUCCCAGAGGAAGCAGAGCACCUUCGCCCCGCCCACCAUGAAAGGGAAGCUGGAAACUUCGGUACCUGAGGAGGAUGAGGAGGGGAACAUCCCUCAGGACGACUGACCCAGAAAAGAAGAAGAAGAAGAAUUUAUCUCCGUUACUGAGAACGAACCAACAGACGGACUCUGGCUUCACCUCGAGUUCAACGACGACACGACAGGACUUUGAUUUUCAGUGGAGAGUCGAUUCUGAGAAGUUUUAACCAGAGCAGAUCAGGAUCAGUCGAAACCGUGAGAAA